AACGAGGCAGCGUGAAGUCAUCACACAUUACCAUGAGCCUCCGUCAGACUGCGACCUGCUUCUUCUUCCUCACAGCUCUGUGCGGUCAACACAGUGACAUCAUCACUGCACAAGAGGUCCAUUCUGGAAGAGAAGGAGAAGAUAUCACAGUUAGAUGCAGAUUCUAUUGGUCUGGACGCAGGAUGUUCUGCAGAGAAACAUGUGAUAACAACAACAACAUUCUUCUUCAAACUGACAGUGACUCUGCUGAGAACAACAAAUACAAGCUCACUUUUAUAAAACGGGACUUUCUAAAAUACGACAUUCUGAAUGUGACCAUCAAACAUCUGACAAAAUCUGAUGAAGGACGUUACAGGUGUGAACUGGAAAGGUGGAUCUCAGAUGGAAAAGACGACUUUCUGAUCAGAGUCACAGACGCUUCAACAACCCCCAAAUUAACCUCAGCUGCUCGGCCUCCUUCGCCAACAGUCCAAUCAACAUCAUUACCAGCUUUAAGCUCCACACUGCUUUCUGUGGUUCCAGAAUCCUCCAAGCUUCCUGAACAGGAACACGACGAGAUGACAACAACAGCUCCACCUUCAGAUCUGGUGGUGUACGUGCUGGUGGCGUGGGGCGUGAUCUCCGGCCUGUUGGUUCUGUCAGUUCUGAUCUUCUGUAAAAGGAGAAGAGCUAAAACCAAAGAUGCUGGUGCUGCUGCUGCGCAGUGCGCCAAUAUGAUGGAGCAGGACAGUCGGGUAUAUGAGGAGAUCAAUGACGCGAUUGGACAGAACAAAUCUCCUGGUAAAAUCUCAACAGUUUACGCUACCAUCAACCACAAAGGAGAAAGAGAUGAUGGACUUCCUGAAGCCAGUGGAUCCACCAAACUCUGAGAACAUUCUGUUGAAGAGGAUUCCAUCUGUUCAGCUCCACAGUGCCUCCGGUGGUGAGACGAAUGACAUGCUCUACUCGCUUAUUCGCGUGCACACUGAAGACCAAGUGGCUCCACUGACAAAUUGAAACAAAACCUUUUAAUCCGUCACAGGACAGGACACCACACGGGUGUCGCUGACCGAACGGUCCCCCCUGAAAAAUCGGUCCCCUGCCUUCACUGUGCAUGUGUAAUUUCAGAGGGUAACCCGCGGUUCACUGAU